UCGCGAUCCGUCGAAACGAAAGCUCCGAGGCACUCCUCUUUUCUGCUGGUAGAGUCGCGAGCACGCGACGCUUUUCUCCUCCAGGGGAUUCCAACCACUCGAGCCUCAGACGGAUUAUACUUUUUCAGACGCAUCGAGCAAAGAGAGGAAUCCAAGAGAGAGAGAGCGAGGGGUAUGUGAAGAACCACGUUGAAGGUGUACGAGGAGCACGAGAAGUCGACGCGAGGAAAGAGAAAAAAAAGAACAAGAAGGUAUAUUAAAAGAAAACCUUACUCGACGAGCACAACUGGGAAAACAGGAAAACGCGUGGACAAAGUCACGUCAACAUUCGAAUCACUGUUCAGUUAAGAAAGAAGCAUCGAGACGGUCGGAGGUAAAACGAGACUAGACAAAGGUACGGGGGGAAAGAAGUGAAAUAAGUAAAAGAAGAAGAAGAAGAAGGAUUACUAUUGUAACAAAGAGGCGGGAAAAGGUAUCGUGGAAAGGUGGAAAAAUUAACCGAGGAAGGAAAACUAUUCCACCGUCGAGCAUGGCCUCGGUGGCAGCAUGGCUGCCAUUCGCCCGCGCGGCGGCGAUCGGUUGGGUGCCGAUCGCGACCCAUCCACUGCCACCGCCUCCGAUCCCGAAGGAUCGUCGCAAGGCCGACGACGAGAAGCUGCUUAUAAACGUGAGCGGCCGUCGGUUCGAGACCUGGCGGAACACCCUCGAGAAGUAUCCGGACACUCUUCUCGGUUCGAACGAGCGAGAGUUCUUUUACGACGAGGAGAGCAAGGAGUACUUCUUCGACCGUGAUCCAGACAUCUUUCGUCAUAUAUUGAACUAUUAUAGAACCGGUAAGCUUCAUUACCCGAAGCACGAAUGCCUGACUAGCUACGACGAGGAAUUGGCGUUCUUCGGUAUCCUGCCGGAUGUGAUCGGCGAUUGUUGCUACGAGGAUUACCGUGAUCGUAAACGGGAGAACGCGGAACGUUUGAUGGAUGACAAAUUGAGCGAGAACGGGGAUCAGAAUCUUCAACAGCUGCUCGAUAUCAGGCAGAAGAUGUGGCGUGCGUUCCAGAAUCCUCAUAUAUCGACGGCUGCCCUGGUAUUCUAUUACGUAACCGGUUUCUUCAUCGCCGUUAGCGUGCUGGCGAACGUGGUCGAGACCGUGCCGUGCGGUAUUCGUCCGGGACGCGCCGGUACGCUUUCAUGCGGCGAACGUUACAAGAUCGUCUUCUUCUGUCUGGACACCGCGUGCGUCAUGAUAUUCACCGCGGAGUAUCUUUUGAGGCUGUUCGCGGCGCCGAGCCGGUGCAAGUUCGCGCGAUCCGUUAUGUCGAUUAUCGACGUGGUCGCUAUACUCCCGUACUACAUUGGUCUCGGUAUAACCGACAACGACGACGUAUCCGGUGCUUUCGUUACGUUGCGCGUCUUCCGUGUGUUCCGGAUCUUCAAGUUCUCCAGGCACUCGCAGGGCCUCAGGAUCCUUGGUUACACGCUAAAGUCCUGCGCCUCGGAGCUUGGCUUCUUGGUAUUCUCAUUGGCGAUGGCGAUCAUCAUAUUCGCCACGGUGAUGUUCUACGCGGAGAAGAACGUCGACGGGACGAACUUCACUUCGAUCCCAGCCGCAUUCUGGUACACCAUCGUUACUAUGACCACUUUGGGGUACGGUGACAUGGUUCCGAAAACGAUCGCGGGAAAAAUCGUGGGGGGUGUAUGCUCCCUUAGCGGUGUCCUUGUGAUCGCUUUACCGGUGCCUGUUAUCGUCAGUAAUUUCAGUCGAAUAUAUCACCAGAAUCAGCGGGCCGACAAGCGAAAGGCUCAGAGGAAAGCCAGAUUGGCGCGUAUCAGGAUCGCGAAAGCGUCAAGCGGAGCAGCCUUCGUGAGCAAAAAGAAGGCAGCCGAGGCUCGACUGGCCGCGCAGGAGAGCGGCCUUCAGCUGGAUGACAACUACAAGGAGGAGGAUAUCUUCGAAUUGCAGCAUCAUCAUCUGCUCCGUUGUCUAGAGAAGACCACGGAUCGCGAGUUCGUGGAGAUGGAGGUGCCCUACAACGGUGCCCCGAAGAGGCCGGGCUCGCCGUCGCCUCUGACCUCCCCCGCGCACAGCACUGCCUCGAGGGGCGGCCUGCUUCACGCCUGCUUCGUCCGCUGCUGCCCCCAACGUUACCAGCAGGCGUACAGUCAGUACAUCCCAGCGACAAGGGCCCAAGUAUCGGGUGCCCAAGGUGGGCAGACCGGGGCUGCGAUGGACGGGACUUACCUCGUCGAGGCCUCGUUCUGAACGGCCUGAGCCUCUCUUUAGCCAGUAAAUAGAGUAAAAACAGUACAGUAAUGAAAAAAAAAAAAAAAAAAACAGUAAUAAAAGUAAAGCACGCUAAACCACAGAUCCGUACGAAAAAUGUCCGAGAUUAAUAUAGAGCAGAGUAAUACCUAGAACAGAGUAAAUAAGCGAAAAAAAAAUGAAUGACGAAAAAAAAAAAACGAAAAAAAAAAAUAAAGACGAAUAGAAAUGGAUCUCGAGAAAAAAAUAAAAAACACGCAUGAUUUAGAGAACAACCACGCGGCGAGAGCGUUUUGAGAAGGAAAGGUAACACGAGAUAACAAAAUUUCACAUGACACUCCGAACACACUCGGCGAACUCGAGAAUGAUUUUCUAACGAACGGAGAAAAUUGAUCGGACGUGUCCCGAUCGACGAUGGAUCUAAAAGGAAGAAACACCAAAAGACAACAAGUAUAAAAUAAGAUAAUAAAAAAAAAAAAUAAUAAUUGACACAAGACACACACAGUGGUUAAAUGUUGUAAAGUACACGAUACAGAAAUUCAAUUGAAAUUCUUCUAUUUCCUCAUUUCCGUGCCUACCUGUUCAUCGACGACCACGCGGACUCACUGGACACACACACGCAACAACGAUGACGUCGCCAUCGUCCGCCAAUCGUCGUCAUCGCGGACGUCUAUCUACCUGUGCCAUCCACGAAUAAUAACGUUGUCUCAUCCUGCUCGCUGGCGCAUCCGACGUCUCUCUUUCACACACACACACGUCACGUCCUACCUCUCUGUUCAUCAUCCGUUCGUCGUUCUCCAUCGAUGGACAAUCCACCGGCGAAUGUCUUUUUUUUUUCUAACGA